ACAAACCUCCUGACCUCCACUCUAUUUCAUCAUAUUGUUUGUAUUUCUCUAUAUAGCAACCUGAAAGCCAUCAUGGGUGUAUUCACUUUUACAAAUGAAUACAUGUCCACAAUUCCUCCUGCAAGAUUGUUCAAGGCCCUAGUUCUGGACUCACAUACCCUGAUUCCCAAACUCAUGCCUCAAGCUAUCAAGAGUAUUGACAUCAUCCAAGGCGAUGGAGGGGCUGGAACUAUUAAGCAGAUCAACUUCAGUGAAGGUAAUCAGCUUAGCAGAAUGAAGAAUCGCGUGGAUGAACCGAACGAGGAGACGUUUACGUACAAGUAUACCAUGAUCGAUCUAAAGGACAAGUUUGAAUCUAUUGCUUACGAAGUCAAGUUUGAGCCAACACCGGAAGGCGGGAGCAAGAGCAACAUGAUGAGCACGUAUUACACAAAGGGCGAUGUUACGCUCAAAGAAGAGGACAUUAAGGCAGGCAAAGAGAGAGCCUUGGGAAUGUACAAGGUCGCCGAAGCAUACCUCCUCCAAAACCCCGAUGCUUAUGCUCGAGACUUGAAAUGCUCUCUUGAAUAAAAUUCGAGAAGUCCCGUCAAUAAGAACUCGUGAUACUUUCGGUCUUCACGUAGAAGUACCCGAGUUCCUUUACUUCUAUACGGGUAUAAAUAUCCCUUAGAUUUGGAUGGCAAUAAAGAUAUGUACUUUUUAACUUA